UAAAACAAAAGGGGUGGGAGGUAAAAGAAAAUUACAUUCAAAUUUUGAGCCUAACAGACUGCCAUUUCCGGCCAUCUAGAAAUGCCAUAAUUAUAGAAAUUUUAACCAUAGUGGGGUUGAGGUGGUUUUUGUUUCGAAUUACAGGAUCUAUCUGUUUAAUGUUGUAUGGCGAAUCAGCUUAUGCUAGAAUGCUAGAAAAAUAUGCAGAGUCAUGUUAACAAUAGCCAAUCAAUAAGCUCUGCAGUACCAGUGUCUGAAUAUCCAUGACUUUAUUCUAUCAACAGCCAAUAAAUGAGCUGCAACCAUACAGCAUUAUGAAUAUUCAGUGAGUUGGAAGGCAAGCUAAAUAACCCAGGAUGAUUUGCACUGUGUGUGGCUAAAGAGGUGCUGACACUGUUCUCAUCGUGGAGACGAGUUUAAACAGAACCAAUAUCACAAGCCUUUAGUUUGGACAUAUUUUUCAGGUGGUGAAUUUGGACAUUGGCAGUCUUAAGAACUGUCAAGGAAUGGCUAAUAUUUCACUCUCUGUUGAUUGUGAAAUUCAUUGCUGUGAGAUUGAUCACUGUUACACACAAGUUGUCGUCAUAGGAAACGGUCCAUCAGGGAUAUGCAUGUCAUAUUUUCUGUCUGGCAAUUGGCCAUAUUACAACGGACAGCCCCAUCAACUUGAGUUCCUGCAACAGAGACUCAUUGAAAACCAAGGGAUAUCAAUCUUAGAACAGGAUCUGGAGUAUCUUAGCAGUGGUCUGGAGGGUAGGUCCUCUAAUCCUGUCUCGCUCCUAUUUGAUAAUCUACACCAUCCCAAUGCUGAUAUGGGAGCAGAGGAAGAGUCAUGUUUGCAAUGGAUUCAUGAUAAAAACCGACAGAUACCUCACGUAGUGCUUGGUAAUGGAUUGCCAGGUGGAACUUGGCAGCAAAUGGACGACACAUUGCUGACCCUCAGUCUGAGUAAUUGGAUGGAGUUGCCAGGUAUGGAGUUUAAGAAAUGGCUGCAGGAUACUCGGUUACAAAAUGACGAGUCUGCAAGACCAGAUAAUAACAAUCGUGCAAAUGUUUCGGAAGUUGCUCAGUAUUACACAGAGUAUGUCAGGAAGAUGAACCUAGGUGACAACUUUUACUCAAAUGUGAAGGUCACAUCCGUCAAAAAGCUGACAGGAAUGCGAGUUAUAAAUUCCGAAAACGGAGAGCCUGAGAUUGCGUGUCGACGAUGUCGAAGGCUUGAAGGAGAAAACAUGUUUGAAGUGAAAGGCAUUGCGAGGCACAAUGAUUUGGGUACGGAGGAACCCUUUUGUAUCUUUACACCGAAUGUUGUCCUUGCCACAGGCACAAGCGAUGACCCUAAUAGACUCUUUGUACCAGGAGAAGACCUAAAUUAUGUUUCACACAAUUUAAAGAAAUUAGAGGAGGCUAUAGUGAACGAAGAAAUUGUCUCAAAUUCCGACCCAGUGUUGAUAGUUGGAGCCGGACUGAGCGCUGCUGAUGCAAUACUAUACACACAGAGUUUGAAUAUUCCUGUUAUGCACGCUUUCAGGCGAAAAGCUAGCAACAAAAAUCAACCUCUGAGGAGUCUGCCGAAACUCCUGUACCCCGAGUACAAUCUAAUCUACAAUAUGAUGAACAGUGGACCGCAAUCUAACAAAAAUUACCUCAAUUUACAGCAGCAUACUCUUGUAGAGUUCAGGUCGGACAGGACAGUGUUAUUAAAGAAUUCAGAAGGCACAGAGAGAGAGAUAAAAGUCUCACAUGCUUGUGUUCUGAUUGGUUCCAAACCAAAGUUAGACUUUCUUCCUGACAAUGGCAAGUCUUACAGUGUACACACGAACUCUCCUGUCACUUGUAAAGGCAAUCCGAUACAUGUAGAUCCAUACACAAUGGAAAGCAACAUGGAACCGGGUCUGUAUGCAAUAGGUCCGUUAGUGGGCGACAACUUUGUCCGCUUUCUCCAGGGGGGUGCAUUGGCAGUUGCAUCAAACUUAAUCCAGAAGAAAACUUCAUCACACUUAUCCUCUCCAAAUCGCCUUGAGAGAUAAACAACUUUUACUUUAAGUCAAUAAUAAAAAUAUACUGGUAGUACAGUAUCUGUAAUUACAAUUAAAUUUUAUCAUGCAAAAUGAUCCAGUUGUGCAAAAGAGCCACAUUUCUUGGCCUAUGGCCGGGUCUAGACCAUCAAAUUUUAUUUGACAAAAAACUACUGUUUGCCCAUAUAUAUAUUUUGACAAAAAAACAAAAACAUAUCACAUUAUUUUGUCAAAUAAAAUUUGAUAGGCUGGACAGGGCUUUAGUUGUGCCGACCGGAUUACAAAUCAAAAACCGAUAACCAUAUCAUUUUAUUCAGCUGUCUUGGUUGUUACAGUGAUGAUAUAAUUCAAUAAAAACUGAAUAGUACCACAUCUUAAAAAUUAUACUAUUGCUCAAAUAUUCUAGAUGGAAAUAAUUCAUUUUAAACUGAUGCACAUGAGAGACUUAGUUGAGCAAACAGCUCAGCAGCAACAUCUCGCAUCCAUAUUCAUCUUGAGACUAUAAAGAUUCACAAUGAAUAUUACACACGCUAGUUAUUUUACCCAGCUGAAUUUGCUUGCACAUGGUGCGGUUCUGGGGGAUGAUUUUGGGAUUAUUUGGUUACCAGAGAAUACAAAAUUUUUCAUUUGUACCUAGCAUUCUGGUGUUGGGAUUUAAUUAUCUAUAUUUAUAUUUUAUUGUUUUGGUAUUUUCAUGUAAAUAUGUCAAGUGUUGUGUAAAACCUCAAAGUAUAAAUUAUCAUCCUUGCUAUUUAUUUAAAUGCUGUUUCUUUACAUCAUCUGGUGUAAAUAUAGAUAAAACUUUAUUUUUAAUAUUUGUAAUGUUUACCAUAUAUAUAU